AUGGCCAAGAAGCAACCUGUCUUCGUCAUGGGCGGCUCUUGCUCCAGCAGCGAGCAGGACAGCCCCAAGAACACCCGCGCUGUCCCCGCCCCCCAGGUCAAGCGCAAGAUGUUCGCGCUCGGUGGCUCCUCUGAGGAGGACAGCUCUGUCAAGAGCGCACUCGCCUCACCCCGCCCCAACGGCCUCCUCAACCCUCAGAAAAAGCAGGCCUCGUUCAGCGCUCAGCUCGUCACCCGCACCAUUGACAACGACAGCGCCGUGGCCGAUGACUCGGACACCGACUACGUUGACGAGAGUGCCAUUGAUGACGACGACGACUCCUCCGACUGGGAGGACUCGAUCGAAGACAGCGGCCGUUCCAGCAUGGACGACAAGACCCUCUUCCAGCGUGUCGACUCCAAGGUCAACCUCACUUCGCGCCGCUCUCUCAUCUCUGUCAUGUUCGCCCAGAACGACCGCGCAACCAAGCUGAGCAACAUUGCUUCGCAGUCGACUUCGGCGCUGCCACGUGCGUCGCGUCUUUCACAGACGCACGCUGUGGCCGGCUCGCCCAACGACUCGGACGAGGCCCCUCUCAUGAUGAAGAAGGGUGUCCGCUCUUCGCCUCUCAAGCCCAUCAACGAGAUUCCUCGCUCCACUGCCCAGCCCAUCGCGACCGUUGCCAGCCACAGCCACCUCCAGGCCCAAGCCGCACUGUCGCCCCGAACCACGCGCCGCAACAUGCUGGCCACCGAACUGACAGAGUCUCUGCGUCGCAACCUGCUCUGGGAGCGUCAGCAGAAGAGCUCCACCGCCAACGCGGUCCUCAAGCGUCGCCACACCUCCCAUGACGUUGCCAACCUCAAGCAGUAUCCCGAGAAGGCAUACAUGAACAAGGGCGAAGACGCCAACCCCAACAACCAGUACUUCCAAAAGGAGACCCACGGAGGCUAUCACUCCAAGGGUUGGUAA